AUGGAAACUUUUGAGAACUAUUCAAAUCUUUUACAAGAUUUUUCGUCAAUGUUAGAUGAUGCAGAUGAUCAUGACGUUCUUAUUCAAGUUGGAGAAAAUCAAGAUAUAGAAGAAUUUCGUGCACAUUCGAAUAUUCUUAGAGCUCGUUCAAAAUAUUUCAAAGCUGUAUUAUCAAACGUAUCAAAUGAUUUGUUCAAUGGAAAGAUUAAGAUUAAAAAAUCAAACAUUAUUCCAAGUGUUUUCAAGAUUAUUCUCAAGUAUGCUUAUAUAGGUGAAGUGAAUUUAUCAGAACAACCAGUAAAAAAUGUUCUUGAAUUGUUAAUUGCAUCUGACGAAUUGCAUCUUGAAGAAUUGUUUGAAUAUGCUCAAGAUUUUUUAAUUGAAAAUCGAACAUCUUGGGUGCAACAUAAUCUUAUUCACGUUUUUCGUAGAGUUUCCUCACUUUCUAAUUGCAAGAAACUACAAAAUCACUGUAUUGAAUCUGUAUCAGCAGAUCCACAAUCAUUCAUUACUUCAAAAGAAUUUCUAUUUCUCGAUAAAGCUAUUCUCUAUGAAUUACUUGAACGAAACGACUUUCUGAUUGAGGAAGUCAUUGUGUGGGAUUAUUUAAUUAAAUGGGGUAUUGAACAAACUCACGGUUUGGGAAAUAAAAACAGCGAUAGAAUCAAAUGGAAUGAUGAGAAUUAUGAAGCAUUAAAGGAAACAUUAAGUCAAUUUAUUCCACUUAUUCGAUUCUCAGAAAUUAGUUCCGUUGAUUUUUAUGAUAAAGUUUAUCCAUUUAAGGCCGUUAUUCCUAAUCACAUUUACGAAGAAGUUUUUGAGUUUUAUAUGAAAGAAACAUCUCAUACUUGUAAUCCUGUUAAUGAUAGCUGGGAUAAUUGGAAUAGUUGGAAUGUUCAACCAAAUCGGACAAAAAAUAAACGCCGUUCUCCACAAAUAGAUACAACUUCAGUUAGUAAUGGUUGGGGUCGUCCUCCCCCUCAUCCAGAUGGUGGUGGCUGGGAUCUUGCUAAUAAUAUUCCUGUUAAUAAUGAUGAUGACUGGGGUUCUGUUAAUAAUAAUGAUAGCUGGACCAAUUGGAGUACAACUUUAGAUGAAUCAAGUCGUGAUUCGUCUAUUUCUCUUUGGCAAACGUCUGAUCCCCCUCGACAAACAGUAACAGACCAACCAUCACUUGCGCAAGAUUUAACAAAAAUUUAUGGAGAAUAUCAAUCACAUAUACAUAUUCAUAAUGGGCAGCGUUAUUCGGUUGAAAACUUUAUAUUUUCUUUUACAAAUGAUGAUGAUAUUAAAAAUAUGAAAAUAUGUCGUAUGAAUUAUGAUAAAUUAGAACUUAAUUAUGGAAAUAAGUUCAAUUUCAGUAAUGUUUUUCGUAUGAAUGGUUCGGACAUAGAAGUUAACAAUUCAGCCUAUAACGAUAAGAAUGUUAUAAACCCAAAUAUAAAGAUGUUUGUUCCUAAGGAAAUUGAAGUUUUCCUAAUCAGUUCUAAGUCAAGACCUCAAUAAAUGUCGUAUGAUAUGAAGAAAAUAUACAAUAAUCUCGACAAAAAUAGAUAAAU